GAUGGCCAUGUCCAGGCUACUCCCCCCCUCCCUCUCUUUCCACCCACCAAAACCUCCCCAAAAAACCAAUUCAAUAUAUGCCCAAAAAAACUCUUUUUCCCGAAGACUGGUGUUACUCACUGGUUCUGCUCCAUUCACAUUUUUCUUCUCUCACUUGUCGCUAUUCAUUCCAAUAUCCAACGCCCAGACGAAAUCCUCAUCUCUCCUUUCAGAUAUUGCCAAUACUAAGUCUUGGUUCCAGUUCUAUGGUGAUGGGUUUUCCAUUCGUGUCCCACCUGAAUUUGAGGACCUCACCGAGCCUGAGGAUUAUAAUGCUGGCUUAUCACUAUAUGGAGAUAAGGCUAAGCCCAAGAAAUUUGCAGCGCGUUUUGCUUCUUCUGACGGAUCCGAAGUUUUAAGUGUCAUAAUUCGCCCAUCUAAUCAGCUGAAGAUCACCUUCUUAGAGGCCAAAGAUAUUACUGAUUUAGGUUCACUUAAGGAGGCAGCUAAAAUAUUUGUUCCAGCUGGCUCAACACUCUAUUCUGGCCGCUCAAUUAAAAUUAAAGAAGAUGAAGGUUUCAGGACAUACUAUUUCUACGAGUUUGCCAGAGAUGAGCAACACGUUGCAUUAGUGGCUGCUGUUAACAGUGGAAAGGUAUCUUCUUCCCUUUUGUUUUGCAGGAGCUCUCAAAUUUCAGUAGCUUCUUUCAAGAUUUUCCUGCCUUUAGAGAGCUAUAUAUACUGUUGUACCCUAAAUUCUGAAUUCCCAAAUUUACUUUUGCAGGCCUUCAUUGCUGGCGCCACUGCCCCCGAGAGCAAGUGGACUAAUGAAGGUUUGAAGCUUCGAUCUGCUGCAGUAUCAAUGACCGUCCUAUAAGCAGAAUACAAGAAUUUAGCAGGUUCUAUUUCGAAGAUGUGAUGCCAUACACAUUCUGUUGCUCAGAAUUUUGUUACCUAAUAGUAUAACUUUAUUAGGUAUCUAUAACUUCCAAUGUGUUGAUUUGGAAUAUGAUUUCAAGAAUCAAAAGAUGUUCACAAUGUUUUCGGACAUUGCAAAAAGCCUUCAAGCUACAAUAUGAUGAAUGAAUUUGCAAUUUUUUCUUGAAA